CGCAUGUGCUACUUCUCUAACGUUGCCCAUACUCUGUUCUUCGAACAAGAUACAUUCCAUCUAGUCAACCCAAGACGAUGGACAUCCUCAGUCGUCUAGCCGGAUGGCUUGAUCGUCCUGGUUUCCCAUGGAAAUCCCUCAUCAUCUCCUUCAGCUUGGGCGAGUAUCUCCUGGAGAACUGGCUGGCCUUCCGUCAGUACCGUGUUCUGCAGGGGACCAAGGUGCCUAAGCAGUUGCAGAAUGAGGUCGACCAGGCCACCUUCGACAAGAGUCAGGCUUACGGUCGCGCAAAAGCCAAGUACGGCUUCGUCUCUGGUCUCAUCUCUCAAGUCAAAUCUCUCGCUGUCAUCCGCUACGAUUUCUAUCCCAGAUUCUGGGCUCUCACUGGUCUUGCUCUUACUCGCUACCUUCCUGUCAGCUGUCAAGGAGAAAUCGCCCACUCGUUGCUGUUUGUCUUCGCCUCAUCAUUCAUCGAAACCAUCCUCAGCCUGCCGCUUUCAUACUACCACCACUUCGUCCUCGAGGAGAAGUUUGGCUUCAACAAGCAGACAAUCGGCUUAUGGGUGACCGAUCUGCUCAAGGGUCAAGCCCUCUCUGUCGCAUUCGGUGUUCCUCUUGGCUGGGCUUUCUUGAAGAUCAUUCAAAAGACUGGUGACAAGUUCUUCUACUACCUCUGGCUGUUUGCUCUUGGUGUCCAGCUCUUCGCUAUCACCAUCUACCCUAUCGUCAUCGUUCCUCUCUUCAACAAGCUCACUCCUCUGGAACCUGGCCCGCUCAAGGUCGCUGUCGAAGCUCUUGCUCAGCGUCUCAACUUCCCUCUCUCCGAGUUGCAGGUCAUUGAUGGUAGCAAGCGUAGCGCUCACAGCAAUGCCUACUUUACCGGUCUGCCCUGGAAGAAGAAGAUUGUCAUCUACGAUACCCUGAUUGAGAAGUCCGAUACUAAGGAGAUCGAGGCCGUUCUUGCUCACGAGCUUGGUCACUGGAAGAUGGGACACACAACCAAAUUGCUCCUCAUCUCGCAGGUCCAUUUGUUCUACAUGUUCGCCCUCUUCUCUGUCUUCAUCAACAACCAGUCGCUCUACAACGCCUUUGGCUUUACUCGCGAGAGACCAAUCAUGAUUGGAUUCAUCCUCUUCAACGAAGUUUUGGCACCUACCGAUUCGGUCAUCAAGCUCCUGAUGAACAUCAUGACUAGAAAGAUGGAGUUUGAAGCUGACAACUUUUCUCUCAAGCUCGGAUACUCGGCGGAAUUGGCCAGCUCUUUGAUCAAGCUCCAGAUUCAGAACCUCUCGAGUAUGGAUGCCGACUGGAUGUACUCCAGCUUCCAUUACUCUCACCCAAUCCUGACGGAACGCCUGAAGGCCGUUGGCUGGACCAGCGAGAAGAAAGUGAGCCAAGAAAAGGAGGAGGUCUUGGAUGAAAAGACGGCCGAGGCCACAGGCCGUGAGCUGUAGUACAGCUGUGUCGUAAAUAAAACUUUGUCGAGGACGUACAAGUCCGCUCUCAAUAUGUCGUCCCAGUGCAGUAGUGCGUGCGCAAGCGGGUCGAGGUAGUGCCUGCCGAUGUAUGUGCAGUGGCUAUAGUCGGGGUUUGAGGAGUCGUGUCGUGGGUAUGUAUCGAUCAGUCCUCUGCUCUGCCCUUCUCGGCCUUUUCUCUAGCAAUGGCCUUCUUCUUGUUCUUCUUUGCUUCCUUUCUGGCCUCUCUCUCAGCCUUAGACAGGCCGCCGGUCCCAGC